GAUGAGAAGAUGGCAGCGCGGCUGCUCGCACCACCAGGCCCUGACAGUUUCAAGCCUUUCACCCCCGAGUCACUGGCAAACAUCGAGAGGCGCAUUGCCGAGAGCAAGCUCAAGAAACCGCCAAAGGCCGAGGGCAGCCAUCGUGAAGACGAUGAGGACAGCAAGCCCAAGCCAAACAGUGACCUGGAGGCAGGGAAGAGCCUGCCUUUCAUCUAUGGGGACAUCCCACAAGGCCUGGUCGCGGUUCCCCUGGAGGACUUUGACCCAUACUAUUUGACGCAGAAAACCUUUGUAGUAUUAAACAGAGGGAAAACUCUCUUCAGAUUUAGUGCCACGCCUGCCUUGUACAUUUUAAGUCCUUUUAACCUGAUAAGAAGAAUAGCUAUUAAAAUUUUGAUACAUUCAGUAUUUAGCAUGAUCAUUAUGUGCACUAUUUUGACCAACUGUGUAUUCAUGACUUUUAGUAACCCUCCUGAAUGGUCGAAGAAUGUGGAGUACACAUUCACAGGGAUUUAUACAUUUGAAUCACUAGUGAAAAUCAUUGCGAGAGGUUUCUGCAUAGAUGGCUUUACCUUUUUACGGGAUCCGUGGAACUGGUUGGAUUUCAGUGUCAUCAUGAUGGCAUAUGUGACAGAGUUUGUGGACCUGGGCAAUGUCUCAGCGCUGAGAACAUUCAGGGUUCUCCGAGCUUUGAAAACUAUCUCUGUAAUUCCAGGCCUGAAGACCAUUGUGGGUGCCCUAAUCCAGUCAGUGAAGAAGCUGUCAGAUGUGAUGAUUCUGACAGUGUUCUGCCUGAGUGUUUUUGCUUUGAUUGGACUGCAGCUGUUCAUGGGCAAUCUGCGGAACAAGUGUGUUGUGUGGCCCAUAAACUUCAACGAGAGCUAUCUGGAAAAUGGCACCAAAGGCUUUGAUUGGGAAGAAUAUAUCAACAAUAAAACAAAUUUUUACACAGUUCCUGGCAUGCUGGAACCUUUGCUCUGCGGGAACAGUUCUGAUGCUGGGCAAUGCCCAGAGGGAUACCAGUGUAUGAAAGCGGGAAGGAACCCCAACUACGGUUACACAAGCUUUGACACUUUCAGCUGGGCCUUCUUAGCAUUAUUUCGCCUUAUGACCCAGGACUACUGGGAAAACUUGUAUCAGUUGACCUUACGAGCAGCUGGGAAAACAUACAUGAUAUUCUUCGUCUUGGUCAUCUUUGUGGGUUCUUUCUAUCUCGUGAACUUGAUCUUGGCUGUGGUGGCCAUGGCUUAUGAAGAGCAGAAUCAGGCAACACUGGAGGAGGCAGAGCAGAAAGAGGCUGAAUUCAAAGCAAUGUUGGAGCAACUUAAGAAGCAACAGGAAGAGGCACAGGCCGCUGCCAUGGCCACCUCCGCAGGCACUGUCUCAGAAGAUGCCAUCGAGGAAGAAGGUGAAGAAGGGGCAGGCUCUCCUCGCAGCUCCUCUGAAAUAUCGAAACUCAGUUCCAAGAGUGCCAAAGAAAGGCGUAACAGGAGGAAGAAGAGGAAGCAGAAGGAACUCUCUGAAGGAGAGGAAAAGGGGGAUCCUGAGAAGGUGUUUAAGUCAGAGUCAGAAGAUGGUAUGAGGAGGAAAGGCUUUCGGCUGCCAGACAACAGAAUAGGGAGGAAAUUUUCCAUCAUGAAUCAGUCCCUGCUCAGCAUCCCGGGCUCCCCGUUCCUCUCCCGGCACAACAGCAAAAGCAGCAUCUUCAGCUUCAGGGGGCCCGGGCGCUUCCGCGACCCGGGCUCGGAGAACGAGUUCGCGGACGACGAGCACAGCACGGUGGAGGAGAGCGAGGGCCGCCGGGACUCGCUCUUCAUCCCGAUCCGGGCCCGCGAGCGCCGCAGCAGCUACAGCGGCUACAGCGGCUACAGCCAGGGCAGCCGCUCGUCGCGCAUCUUCCCCAGCCUGCGGCGCAGCGUGAAGCGCAACAGCACGGUCGACUGCAACGGCGUGGUGUCCCUCAUCGGUGGCCCCGGCUCGCACAUCGGCGGGCGGCUCCUGCCAGAGGUGAAAAUAGAUAAGGCAGCUACCGACGACAGUGCUACAACUGAGGUGGAAAUUAAGAAGAAAGGCCCCGGAUCUCUCUUAGUUUCCAUGGACCAACUGGCCUCCUAUGGGCGGAAGGACAGAAUCAAUAGUAUAUUGAGUGUCGUUACAAAUACACUAGUAGAAGAGCUGGAAGAGUCUCAGAGAAAGUGCCCGCCGUGCUGGUAUAAAUUUGCCAAUACUUUCCUCAUCUGGGAGUGUCACCCCUACUGGAUCAAACUGAAAGAGAUUGUGAAUUUGAUCGUUAUGGACCCGUUUGUGGACUUGGCCAUCACCAUCUGCAUUGUCCUGAAUACCCUGUUUAUGGCCAUGGAGCACCAUCCCAUGACACCACAGUUUGAGCACGUCUUGGCUGUAGGAAAUCUGGUUUUCACUGGAAUUUUCACAGCGGAAAUGUUCCUGAAGCUCAUAGCCAUGGAUCCCUACUAUUAUUUCCAAGAAGGUUGGAACAUUUUUGACGGAUUUAUUGUCUCCCUCAGUUUAAUGGAACUGGGUCUAGCAGACGUGGAGGGGCUUUCGGUGCUGCGAUCUUUCCGAUUGCUCCGAGUCUUCAAAUUGGCCAAAUCCUGGCCCACCCUGAACAUGCUGAUCAAGAUUAUUGGAAAUUCAGUGGGUGCCCUGGGCAACCUGACCCUGGUGCUGGCCAUUAUUGUCUUCAUCUUUGCCGUGGUGGGCAUGCAACUCUUUGGAAAGAGCUACAAAGAGUGCGUCUGCAAGAUCAACCAGGACUGUGAACUCCCUCGCUGGCACAUGAAUGACUUUUUCCAUUCCUUCCUCAUUGUCUUUCGAGUGUUGUGCGGGGAGUGGAUUGAGACCAUGUGGGACUGCAUGGAAGUGGCAGGCCAGGCCAUGUGCCUCAUCGUCUUCAUGAUGGUCAUGGUUAUUGGCAACUUGGUGGUGCUGAACCUGUUUCUGGCCUUGCUUCUGAGCUCCUUCAGUGCAGACAAUCUGGCAGCCACGGACGACGAUGGAGAAAUGAACAACCUACAAAUCUCAGUCAUCCGGAUCAAGAAGGGGGUGGCCUGGGCCAAACUGAAAGUGCACGCCUUCAUGCAGGCCCACUUUAAGCAGCGUGAGGCCGAUGAAGUGAAGCCCCUGGACGAGCUCUAUGAAAAGAAGGCCAACUGCAUCGCCAACCACACCGGUGCAGACAUCCACCGGAACGGUGACUUCCAGAAGAAUGGCAACGGCACGACCAGUGGCAUUGGCAGCAGCGUGGAGAAGUAUAUCAUCGACGAGGACCACAUGUCCUUCAUCAACAAUCCCAACUUGACCGUACGGGUGCCCAUUGCUGUAGGCGAGUCUGAUUUUGAGAACCUCAACACAGAGGAUGUUAGCAGCGAGUCGGAUCCUGAAGGCAGCAAAGAUAAACUGGAUGACACUAGCUCCUCUGAAGGAAGCACCAUCGAUAUCAAACCCGAAGUAGAAGAAGUCCCAGUGGAACAGCCCGAGGAGUACUUGGACCCAGAUGCCUGCUUCACAGAAGGCUGUGUCCAGCGAUUCAAGUGCUGCCAGGUCAACAUCGAAGAAGGGCUUGGCAAGUCUUGGUGGAUCCUGAGGAAGACCUGUUUCCUCAUUGUGGAGCACAACUGGUUUGAGACCUUCAUCAUUUUCAUGAUUCUGCUCAGCAGUGGCGCCCUGGCCUUCGAGGACAUUUACAUCGAGCAGAGAAAGACCAUCCGUACCAUCCUGGAAUACGCCGACAAAGUCUUCACCUACAUCUUCAUCCUGGAGAUGUUGCUCAAGUGGACAGCCUACGGCUUCGUCAAGUUCUUCACCAACGCCUGGUGCUGGCUGGACUUCCUCAUUGUGGCUGUCUCUUUAGUCAGCCUUAUAGCUAAUGCCCUGGGCUACUCGGAACUAGGUGCCAUAAAGUCCCUUAGGACCCUAAGAGCUUUGAGACCCUUAAGAGCCUUAUCACGAUUUGAAGGGAUGAGGGUGGUGGUGAAUGCCUUGGUGGGCGCCAUCCCCUCCAUCAUGAAUGUGCUGCUGGUGUGUCUCAUCUUCUGGCUGAUUUUCAGCAUCAUGGGAGUUAACCUGUUUGCGGGGAAGUACCACUACUGCUUUAAUGAGACCUCUGAAAUCCGAUUUGAAAUUGAAGAUGUCAACAAUAAAACUGAGUGCGAAAAGCUCAUGGAGGGGAACAACACAGAAAUCAGGUGGAAGAAUGUGAAGAUCAACUUUGACAACGUCGGUGCAGGCUACCUGGCACUUCUUCAAGUGGCAACCUUCAAAGGCUGGAUGGACAUCAUGUAUGCAGCUGUAGAUUCCCGAAAGCCCGACGAGCAGCCUAAGUAUGAGGACAACAUCUACAUGUACAUCUACUUUGUCAUCUUCAUCAUCUUCGGCUCCUUCUUCACCCUGAACUUGUUCAUUGGUGUCAUCAUUGAUAACUUCAAUCAACAAAAGAAAAAGUUUGGAGGUCAGGACAUCUUCAUGACAGAAGAACAGAAGAAGUACUAUAAUGCCAUGAAAAAGCUGGGCUCAAAGAAACCACAGAAACCCAUUCCCCGCCCCCUGAACAAAAUCCAAGGCAUCAUCUUUGACUUUGUCACUCAACAAGCCUUUGAUAUCGUUAUCAUGAUGCUCAUCUGCCUUAACAUGGUGACCAUGAUGGUGGAGACAGAUACGCAGAGCAAGCAGAUGGAAAACAUUCUCUACUGGAUUAACCUGGUCUUUGUCAUCUUCUUCACCUGUGAGUGUGUGCUCAAAAUGUUUGCCUUGAGACACUACUACUUCACCAUUGGCUGGAACAUCUUUGACUUCGUGGUAGUCAUCCUCUCCAUUGUGGGAAUGUUCCUGGCUGAUAUAAUUGAGAAAUACUUUGUUUCCCCAACCCUAUUCCGAGUCAUCCGAUUGGCCCGUAUCGGGCGCAUCUUGCGUCUGAUCAAAGGUGCCAAAGGGAUUCGGACCCUGCUCUUUGCCUUAAUGAUGUCCUUGCCUGCUCUGUUCAACAUUGGCCUUCUGCUCUUCCUGGUCAUGUUCAUCUUCUCCAUCUUCGGGAUGUCCAAUUUCGCGUAUGUAAAGCACGAGGCUGGCAUCGACGACAUGUUCAACUUUGAGACCUUUGGCAAUAGCAUGAUCUGCCUGUUUCAGAUCACAACCUCAGCUGGCUGGGACGGCCUGCUGCUGCCCAUCCUGAACCGCCCCCCUGACUGCAGUCUGGAUAAGGAGCACCCAGGGAGUGGCUUCAAGGGCGACUGCGGGAACCCCUCCGUGGGCAUCUUCUUCUUCGUAAGCUACAUCAUCAUCUCCUUCCUGAUCGUUGUGAACAUGUACAUUGCCAUCAUCUUGGAGAACUUCAGUGUAGCCACAGAGGAAAGUGCUGACCCUCUGAGUGAGGAUGACUUUGAGACCUUCUACGAGAUCUGGGAGAAGUUUGACCCCGAUGCCACCCAGUUCAUUGAGUACUGUAAGCUGGCAGACUUUGCAGAUGCCUUGGAGCACCCUCUCCGAGUGCCCAAGCCCAACACCAUCGAGCUCAUUGCCAUGGACCUGCCCAUGGUCAGCGGGGACCGCAUCCACUGCUUGGACAUCCUUUUUGCCUUCACCAAGCGGGUCCUGGGAGACAGCGGGGAGCUGGACAUCCUCCGCCAGCAGAUGGAGGAGCGGUUCGUGGCGUCCAACCCUUCCAAAGUGUCUUACGAGCCCAUCACGACCACACUGAGACGCAAGCAGGAGGAGGUGUCGGCCGUGGUCCUGCAGCGCGCCUACCGGGGACAUUUAGCGAGGCGGGGUUUCAUUUGCAAAAAGACCACUUCCAAUAAGCUGGAGAACGGAGGCACGCACCGGGAGAAAAAGGAGAGCACCCCGUCCACAGCCUCCCUCCCGUCCUACGACAGUGUAACUAAACCUGAGAAGGAAAAACAGCAACGGGCAGAGGAAGGAAGAAGGGAAAGGGCCAAAAGACAAAAAGAGGUCAGAGAAUCCAAGUGUUAGAGGAAAGCAAAAAUUAAAUAUUGUACAGAUGUAAAACUUGCAAGUGAAAGAUUGUUUACAAACUUCCUGAAUCUUCUCAAUGCAGAACAGCUGUGGAGACACUUGAACUGAAGAUCUAUACCAAACGUAGUCUGCUUACCAUGUAACACGGUUGCAUCUUGAGCAGUGACCUGCCAAGGGCCAAGGACCCUGCUCCCCGGACUCACAGAUUUUCUAACGCUUGGGCAGGUGGUUACUGCAUGUUCCACAUCAGUCAAUGCAACUUAGGACAAAACCAACAGGAUACAAAAACCAGAGGAGAGGCUGCCGGGACCAGCAGAUUUCCGUUGCAGCCAAAGGGAUUUUAUUUUUUCAUUUUGGUGAUUCUCAGAAGCAGAAAGCAUCACUUUAAAAGUUUGUUUGUCCAUGAAAACUGUAUUUGCAUUCUUACAUUAGUUAAGCUAAGCAGCAAAAAGAAAACACACACACAGACACACAGACACACACACACACACUCACAUCUAGCCCGUGGCAUUCAACUGUCAGUUUCUUUGACAUAAACCGCAUCUUCUCCACAUGGGCUUCACGUGGUUUGGAGAUGGGUGGGGGAAACAAUCAGGUUUCUUCAGGCUGAGGAGGACUUGCUCAGGCCAAUUCCAAACAUUGUGCUCGUUCAAUGCGUAGAAAUGAUUUGCAUGAUGGCAUGCCGUGAUCAGAAGUCAUGCAUGAGAACCAUACACCACAGGACACUACUAAUCCUGUCCCCUGCCCUGGGUCAGCCUUCAGAAGGGACCCAGCCCUGCACCGUUCACUGUAUUUGGAGAAAAAAAAAAAAAUGGUAAGAGUUCCACACCCGCUGCAAAUCCUUAUGAAUUCUUAGAAGUCUUUCAUACACCUUCUGGGUAGGGAAACAUAAGCGACCAAUUGACCACCACCACCAAAAAACAAACCCAGUCCAACAAGCAGACGGAUCCGUUGUGUGUGUAUGUUUAACAGACGUCUCUAACAUACAGCCAUUGUUGCACAUUUCAAAAGAUGAACUAUUUAAAUGCUGCUCUGUGUCCCUCCAUGGGGAAACUUUGAUCUCGAAUGGCUUGUAUUAGUAAUGUCACUGUAAAACCAAAUCCUAGGGCUAAAAACAAAAAAAUCCAAAAAAAAAAGUUCAUUUGUAUUGCAAUAUUUAUGAUGAUUGUUUAGCCUUCAUACUGGAGAACUGACACUUACUUGGGGCAGAGAUAAAAGUGCUACUCAAAGUGGCACAUUAUCUCUAGGGGGCAAUUUGGGGAACUGAAAAACUUUCAUGGGGGUUUGGGGUGCUCACUUCAUUCAGUGUCCUGUCCUUCUGCACUGUGGCUUUCUCGGGCUCGGGUCCCGCUGGAGAGGGGUGCAGAUCUUCCCGACGGGCCUCCCCACUCUACAGAGGGCUUGUCGCGAGCUCACACACUGCAUGGUUCCUCUUGCCUCCAUCUCAUUUUUGCACCAAGCGGGGCUUUCCUUACCUACAGUGCUGGGUGAGGGCAGCAGCCCUGGGGGCUGUGGCGGUGGUUUCUUCCGUGCAUUAUAGAGUAGUCACUGGUGGGAUCUGAGGGAGAGAUGGAGCCGCCUCUGAACCAAGCCCACUUGGUUUCUUUAUUGCACUGAUUCUCAUGAGACAGCGAUUUAAUGUGAAUUCUUUAGACAUCCCAGCUUCCCCCCCACCCCCUCACGCCGGCCCCUGCACAGUUCCCUCUCCGCCAGUUGUGCCAUCUGCUUAGCGACCUGCCCAUUGUCCUUGGAGGGUGGCUUUGCGGGGAGCACAGUGUCUUCCAUUCCAUCUCCCGCUUUAGGGAAAACAGUUUUUAGUCCAGGGGUCUCUCCUCUGAUGACUAGCACUCACAGCCACGAGGCUGCACUUGAAUGUCAGGAAGUCCUCACAGAGAACGAGGAGACUUGAGCAAGCAAACCAAAUCAAAACAAAUUCUUCCCGAACCAUAAAACCGAGGGGGACUGAAAGCACCCUGUAAUCAGACACGCCCGUCUGCCUUGCCGUAGAAGCACUCUGGUGCGAUUGUACCAACCACCUGACUAGUUUUGCAUAGAACAAACCACAGCCAGCCGAAGCAGAGCUUUCUCUCUUGUCGAACCGUUAGAAACUCUGCCCGGCUCUCAUCAGCCUGCUUCUGUGGCCUCCUCCGUAGGACUUUUGUACUAUCCCCCAACACCAGGCUGGAAAAGCAUUUCUCUCAGUGACCCUGCUAACUGCUAGGACGAAUGUAUGGUAACAUGUACAGGCUACAUCGUAAACAGCACAAAACAGAAGCUGACAUGUGUGGCUCUUCUUUUUAAGAGAAUUAUAAAUACUGU